CUGUUGAUGCUUUUAUUUUAGAGUUUCCCGAAGAAAGCGAGGAGAACAAAAAAAUGAGUGACGCUGAGGAGAAAAAACGUGUCAGAACUGGAGAAAAACCUCGGAGCUGCUCUCAAACCAAACAGAAAGAUGUAAAGCCUAAAGAAGGCAGGAAGACUUUCACCUGCCCUCAUUGUGGAAAGAGUUUCUUAUACAAAACUAAGUUUGACGUUCACUUGAGAGUUACUGGAGAGAGACCGUUCACUUCCGAUCAGUGCGGGAAUGGUUUCAAACGCUUAUCAAACCUCAAGGCACACAUGAGCAUCCACACCGGAGAGAAACAACACGCAUGCCAUCAGUGCGGGAAGAGUUUCAGACAAAAAGGAAGCCUUACGUUACAUAUGAGAGUUCACACCGGUGAGAAACCGCUCACGUGUAAUCGGUGUGGAAAACGUUACGCACACUCAACAGCCCUUAAAAUACACAUGAACAUCCAUACUGGAGAGAAACCUCACAAGUGUUCACUCUGCGACGGGAGAUUCGGUCACCCGGGGUGCAUGAAAACACACGAGAUGCUCCACACCGGAGAGAAACCGCACUAUUGUGAUCAAUGUGGGAAGAGCUUUACACGAAGCGGAAACCUUACGGAGCAUAUGAGAAUUCAUAACAGACAGAAACCGCACAGUUGUGAUCAGCGUGGGAAGGGUUUCCCAGACUCGUCACAGCUUGAAGAUCACUUGAACAUCCGCACCGGAGAGAAACUGCAUUCAGUCCUGAAGAAACACCUUGGGCUUCAUACGAAGGAGAAAAUGCCUGCUGGUGAGAGAGAGCACAGGUGCUACGAUUGUGACAAGACUUUUUCUUCAGUGAGCCAUUUAAAACGGCACCAGAGGAUCCACACUAGAGAAAAACCUCAUGAGUGUUCACACUGUGAUUCAGUCAGUCGUCAAACCUGAAAAUACACGAGAGGAUCCACACCGGAGAGAGACCUUGUGAGUGUUCACAGUGCGGCAAGAGAUUCAGUAGGUCAGGAGACCUGAAAACACACGAGAGGAUCCACACCGGAGAGAAACCGUACACUUGUGACCAGUGUGAGAAGAGCUUCACGCGCUCAUCCCAGCUUAAAGAACAC